AUGGAGGAGGUGUCGGCAGCCCUGGCCAAAAUGCAGCCAGAGCUCAUCUGUCACAUCUGCCUGGACUACCUCAAUGACCCCAUCACCAUCUACUGCAGACACAACUUCUGUGACUCCUGCAUCCGCAUGUCAUGGAAGGACUUGCAGGAUACAUUCCCUUGUCCUGUGUCUCAGCAAUCCUGCCAGGAGUUGCGCGUCAGUGCCAACGCCCAGCUGGGCAGCUGUAAAGACCUCAGGAUCUGCAAAGGAGAAAUCAAAAACAAGUUUGUGGUAGUAAAACUUGCUGACAACCUGGAAAGAGGUCAGCUUUCCUCAAAGCCUUCCCUGGCUGAGAUCCCAGCAGAGGCCAGCUGCCCUCACUGUCUGGAUUACCUGAGAGACCCAGUGACCCUUGAGUGUGGGCACAACUUCUGUGAUUCCUGCAUCCACCAGUGCUGGAUUGACCUCCAGGACGUCUUCCCGUGUCCCGUCUGUCUCCACCACUGCCCUGACAGGAACUUCAAGAGGAACAACCAAUUGCGUCACGUCACAGAAGUCCUUAAGCAGCUCCCCACUGGAAAGAGCAAAAGGAAAUGGCAGGCAGAGGAACCCCUGUGUGAGAAGCACAAUGAGGCCCUGGACCUGUUCUGUGAGGAGGACCAGCAGCUGUUGUGUCCUCAGUGUCGAAUCUCCACUCACCACCAGGCUCACCACCUGAUCCCCACUGACAGAGCUGCAGAGAGUCAAAGGAAGAAGCUCAAAGGAUUCAUAGAACUUCUGAAGACAAAGAUGAGCGAUGCUGAAAAGGAGUGUGAAAAUCAAAUUGCACAGAGUGUGGAAGGAAGGUGGAAAAUAGCUUCUUGGAAAGAAGAACUACAAACUGAAUUUGAGCAGUUCAAACUUUCCUUGAGUGAAGAGCAAUUUUCAAUUCAUGUCAGCUUGCUCAAUAGAGAGAGAGAGAUGGAAGAACAGAUAGCGCAGAAUAAGAGCCAAAGUUUAAGCAGUAUGAACACAGUAAAAAUUCUCUUGGGUGACAUAACAGAGAAGUGUUUGCAGGCUGACCAGGAUUUUCUAGCAACUGCUGAGAACCUGCAGCAUAGGUAUAAAAACCCACUCUUCCCUACAGUCUCCUCAUAUGAAUUCAAGAAUGAGAGCUACACACUUCCUCCCAAUUAUGUUGGUCUGCACAAAAUAAUGAGCAAAUUCCAGGAGAAUUUGACACUGGAUCCUGAUACCGCCCAUCCAAGUCUGACCAUCUCCAAAGAUAGAAGUAGUGUCCACAUUGGAUCAAGUCACCCUCACCUGCUGGACCACCGUCAUGUUGACAACAUUGUUCCUUUCCCAGCUCUGCAGUGUUGUGAGUCCUUUGAUGGAGGCAGGCAUUUUUGGCAGGUAGAAGUGAGAGGCAUAGGCGAAUGUUCCCUCGGAGUGUGUAAAGCAUCCUUCCAUGAUCAUACUUGGACACUUCCCUUCUCUCAAAGUGACUUAUGGCAAUCAGAUAUCACCUUGUCUUUCCCUGGUAAUAUGCACAUUGAAAGGCCAGAACAAUUUGUGAGAACGAGAAUUGGUGUUUUUCUGGAUUAUGAAAUGGGAGAACUUUCUAUUUUUAAUAUGAAUAACAGGUCAUGUUUGCAUAGGCUCACUGGUACACUCUCAGAAAAAGUGAUACCCUAUUUUGCUAUUGGACCUUUAUCGAAAUCUCUUACAAUGCAUAUCGUUAGAGACGAAUGA